CCGCGCAACACGUGCUUACCUAACGGACUCGUCACACACUAAACGCCUCUCACUCAGUCCCCACAAAAUUACCCCCAAACGCCUUCUCUCACGUCCGUCUGUUCUCCUCCGUUUCCGUCAACACUAACCGUAACGCCGUCCAUGGCCUCUUGUGACGACGAUUUUUCCCUUCUCGACGAUCACCAAAAUCCUGAUGCUACCCAACCUUCCACCAACACCCAAACGCCGCAGUUUACCGUCAAUCCGUACGAUCAAGACUCAGAUCCGUUCGAUUCCGAACCUGAUCCGAGUUCCCGAUCCUGUAAACGUGCAAGCGAGCGUGACGAUGUCAAUAACGACGUAUCGAAAAGGACUAGACUUCCGUCCGCCUCCUCUUCCGCCGGUGAUUACAGGAAGGACAGAGAAGAAUGGAGUGAAACGGCCAUCGCGUGUUUGUUGGAAGCGUAUACUGACAAGUUUAUGCAGUUGAAUAGGGGAAAUUUGAGGGGAAAGGACUGGGAGGAGGUGGCGGCGACGGUUGGCGAGAGAUGUGAUAAGCAGAGCAAAAGCGUUGAGCAGUGCAAGAACAAGGUGGAUAAUUUGAAGAAGCGAUACAAAUUGGAGAGGCAUCGGUUGAGCAACGGUGGGGUCUCGGUGAGUCACUGGCCUUGGUUCCAGCAGAUGGAGCAUAUUGUUGGGAACAGUAUGGCUGCCAAGGCUGCAGCGGAUGAGGAAAAAAACUCCGUCAGCGGUGGAUCCUCCAUAUCUACUAGGCAUCCAAAGAGACAUGCAACAGCAACUGCAACUGCAAGUCCCGGCAGCCAGAUUGUGAACGUGAAAUUGAAACCAUCAACUAAUCUUAGGUGGCGAAGAGUAGUUUUCAAAAUUAGUGGUGCUGCUCUAGCUGGUACUGCUCCAAACAAUAUAGAUCCAAAGGUAGCCAUGCUGGUUGCAAGAGAAAUUUCGAUAGCUUGUCGUUAUGGUGUUGAGGUUGCCAUAGUUGUAGGUGGCCGUAAUUUCUUUUGUGGAGACGCAUGGGUUACAUCCACUGGGUUGGAUAGGUGUACUGCAUAUCAAAUUGGAAUGAUGGCAACGGUGAUGAACUCCAUUCUGCUGCAGUCGGCUUUGGAGAAAUUGGGUGUGAAGACACGCAUGCAAAGUGCAUUCUCUAUGCCAGAGGUUGCUGAACCGUAUAGCAGACAACGAGCCAUCCGGCAUCUUGAAAAAGGAAGAGUUGUAAUAUUUGGUGGUAUUGGAGCUGGGACGGGAAAUCCACUCUUUUCUACUGAUACAGCUGCAGCUCUUAGAGCAUCAGAAAUUCAUGCGGAUGCCGUCUUGAAAGGAGCAAACACGGAUGGUGUUUUUGUUUGCGAUCCUAGAAGUAACAAUAUUGCAGCAGAGCACAUUUCCUUCCGGGACUUGGCUUCUAGAGGUGCGUCUCCAAUGGACAUGAUGGCUAUGACAUACUGCGAGGAGAAUGGGAUUCCAGUUGUUAUUUUCGAUCUUCAUGAGCUGGGAAAUAUAUCAAGGGCAUUAUGUGGAGAACCUGUCGGUACGCUGAUUGAUCAAACAGGACCUAUUGGUUAGGGGACUUCAUUACUUGGCUUAAAGAUUCAUAUGGCAUUUGAACCUGUGAUUUCUUGGAAAGUAUGUUCCUAUUAGCAUCCAUCUAACAUAGUGGAGUUCAAAUCGACUGCUCUUCGAUGAAGCUGUUUGUAGAAUAUGUGUACAUGGUAAAAUUGUUUGUAAAUUUAUGAGGUAACUGCUGAUGAUCUUAUGCUAGAUAUAGAGGGAAACCUCUCGAUAAUAUCUUCUGGCGUCUUCAAAUUGGUUCGUGUCUUGGAAAGGUGAGUGGAACCAUUACAAUUUACAACAUGCCGAAAUCUUGAACUUGUGAAGUAAAGGAAUUCCAAUAAUAUUCCUUGGGAGAUCUGACAACCCAAUUUUAGCAUCAGUGCUUUUUUGCUUUUGUACUGACAUUAUUCUAAUUUUUCCUUUUGUAAAUCAUAAUUGAGCCCAGAAAAUUCUCAA